GACCCCUAAUGCUUUACUCCUUCUCCUUUGCUGCUACGGCGGCGGCUGCUACUGCUAAGUGCUAGGGAGUUAAGUGGCACAGACACUUUUUUCUUUUUACUUCUAGCUCCUAAGCGCUGCCGUUUUUCCCUCCUAAGCAACCCUAGAAGACUACUUCAUUCGGCUGCCAUCGUCUUCCUCUCCUCCCACUUCGGCUGCCAUCCGCCACACCCGCCGCCAUCAUCUUCCUCUCCCUCCAGCCUCUCCUCCCACUUCCUUCUAUCUCUCGCUCUGCCGCCAACCGCCAUACCCCGCCGCCGUCAUCUUCCUCUCCCUCCAUCGUCUUCCUCCUGCUAGAAUCAGAAGAGUCCCUUUGAGAGCGAGGCAACCGGCGGCGAUUUCGUCAACCAUGGAAGUGGAGGCUCCAGUUCCUGCUCCAGCGCCAGUGACUGGUCCGGUGGAAGUCAAGUUAUUUAACCGCUGGAGCUUCGAUGAUAUCCAGUCCAACGACAUCUCCUUGUCGGACUAUAUCGGCGUCCAAGCGGCCAAGCACGCAACUUUCAUCCCGCACACAGCUGGGAGGUACUCGGCCAAGCGUUUCAGGAAGGCCCAAUGCCCCAUCAUUGAGAGGCUGACCAACUCUCUCAUGAUGCACGGGAGAAACAAUGGUAAGAAGCUGAUGGCCGUCAGGAUUGUGAAGCAUGCCAUGGAGAUCAUCCAUCUCCUAACUGAUCUGAACCCAAUCCAAGUCAUCGUUGAUGCUGUCAUCAACAGUGGUCCUCGUGAAGAUGCAACUAGAAUCGGUUCAGCUGGUGUGGUGAGGCGUCAGGCUGUUGAUAUUUCUCCGCUCAGGCGUGUCAAUCAGGCCUUGUACCUCUUGACCACCGGUGCAAGGGAGUCUGCUUUCCGUAACAUCAAGACUAUUGCUGAAUGCUUGGCUGAUGAGCUCAUCAAUGCUGCAAAGGGAUCCUCGAACAGCUAUGCUAUCAAAAAGAAGGAUGAGAUCGAGAGAGUUGCCAAAGCCAAUCGUUAAGAGAUUUGUGUAUGUUUGCUUGUGUCGCUGGGAAAUGCCUUGAUAAUUUUCCUACUGGUCCUUUAAGUCGAAAGGUUUUUUUUAUGUCAGUUGUUAGUGAAUACCUGGAGUUUGUUUGGAUGGUGGAUGCUACAGUCAUUUAGUUGAUACUUUGAGUAAUUUCAUGCUGUAUCCGACUUUGGUUUUUCUGUUUAUUACUGCAUCCUUAUUUCCUUCUCACCUUAUAUGCCUAUGUCUCGUGGUCUGUUGGUUCAAAAGGUAGCCUAUUUGCGAACUACUCUACACCAUACAGAUAGUUCUUAGUUCUUAGACAGUAUUCAGUACAAUGCAAAGUUGUGAUUAGAAGUACGGGAAGUUGAAUUGUCUUUGUGUCGCGCUCUUAGAUAGAGUCUCGAACGCCAUUUUAGGUAGUAGUUAGUCACAAUUCGGUCUUUCUCUCGUUGUAAUCCCUUGGCAAUGUGAAUCUCGCUCUUGUGUUUCAGAAGCUGAACUACAGUGAAGUGGGUUUUUAAGAACAAAGAUCGACAUUGAGUGCUGUAGUCAAGUUCUUAGCAAUGUAAAGUAGACGGUGUUAAGAGCCAAAAAGUUUACCAUAGUUAA